GAACUGUCACAGUUCUCAAAGGAAGGCGACAUCACUUUAGGAGCUAUCUUUUCUUUUCACCAAAAUCCUGUCAGUGUAGAUCCCACUCUUCAGGUCAACCCAGGAAAUAUCCGAUGUGAGGGUCUGGAUCCAGGAGAGCUACAGUAUGCCAUUACCAUGAUCUUUGCUGUUGAGGAGAUAAACAACAGCUCAGACAUCCUCCCUGGUGUGUCUCUGGGCUACAGGAUAUAUGAUUCAUGUCCCAGCAUUCCCCUGUCUGUAAAGGCUUCCCUGGCUCUGAUGAACAGUCAUGAAAUGUUGCCAAAGGCCUGCAGCACAACCUCCAGCGUACAUGCUGUGAUAGGAGAGACCACCUCCACUUCGACAAUAGGCAUCGCACGAACAGUAGGACCCUUUCACAUACCUGUGCUCAGCCACUCAGCAACAUGUGCAUGUCUUGGAAACAGAAAGGAGUACCCUACAUUCUUCAGAACUAUACCCAAUGAUUACUACCAAAGCACAGCACUGGCCCAGCUGGUCAAAUAUUUUGGUUGGACCUGGGUCGGGGCCAUCAGAACUAAUAAUGACUAUGGCAAUGAUGGGAUGGCUAACUUUGUAAAAGCAGCUGAGAAAGAAGGGAUCUGCAUUGAGUAUUCACUGGCCAUAUACAGAACCGAUCCUCAGCAGAAAUUUCUGGAUGCAGUUGAUGUCAUUAAAAAGUCAACCUCAAAAGUUAUUGUUGCUUUUGCGGAUGGCACAGACCUUCAGAUUCUUAUCAAUGAGCUCUUUUAUCAGAAUAUUACUGGUUUCCAGUGGGUGGGCAGUGAGGGCUGGAUAACCUACAGACACACUGCCACCCAGAUAAGUUAUGCGGUGGUGGGUGGUGCUGUGGGCAUCGCCAUCCCCAAUGCCCACAUACCAGGGCUGGGGAACUUCAUAGUGAAUGCCCGGCCUUCCACCACACCUGGGAACACUGGUUUAACAGAGCUCUGGGAGCAUGUUUUCAACUGUACACUGAUGCCACGAAAUGAAAACAGGACAAAAGCAUGCACUGGAGCAGAGUGGCUGGGGGAAACACAAAGUCGCUUCACGGAUGUGUCGGACGCUAGCCUCCUGAACAAUGUCUACAAGGCUGUGUAUGCUGUAGCCCAUGCAUUGCACAACCUCAUCAUGUGCGAGAGUGGAAAAGGACCAUUUGAGAACAAAACAUGUGCAGACAAGAAGAAAAUUCAGCCGUGGCAGGUGGUAUAUUACUUGACCAAGGUAAACUUCACGACCAAACACGGAGAAAGGGUUUGCUUUGAUGAGCAGGGUGACCCUGCAGCAAGGUAUGCUCUGGUGAAUUGGCAGCUAAAUGCUCGGGGGGCUAUUGUGUUUGAGACCAUUGGAGUGUACGACACUUCCCUGCCUGAAGGACACCAGUUUGUAAUGAAGGACACCAUUAAGGGCAUCUGGGCAGGAGGUCAAAGUGAGGUGCCAAAGUCUGUAUGCAGUGAGAGUUGCCUUCCAGGGACGCGCAGAGCUUUUGUGAAAGGAAAGCCCAUCUGCUGCUUCGACUGCAUUCCUUGUGCAGAUGGAGAAUUCAGCAACACAACAAAUGCAGUGACAUGUGCCCCCUGCCCUCCUGAACACACAACAAAUGAAGAAAGAAACAACUGUAACUUACAAAGCAUUGAAUUCCUCACAUUUGAAGAGCUUAUGGGCAUACUGGUGGUGAUAUUUUCUGUACUUGGUGGGUGCCUUACUAUCACAACAGGGCUAAUAUUCUACUGUUAUAGACACACCCCAGUAGUCAGGGCCAACAACACUGAGCUGAGCUUCCUGCUGCUCUUCUCGCUCACCCUGUGUUUCCUUUGCUCUCUCACUUUCAUCGGCCGGCCCUCUCAGUGGUCCUGCAUGCUGCGUCACACAGCGUUUGGGGUCACCUUUGUCCUCUGCAUCUCUUGUGUUCUGGGCAAAACGAUAGUGGUGUUGAUGGCCUUCAGGGCUACACUUCCAGGCAGCAAUGUCAUGAAAUGGUUUGGACCUCCACAGCAGAGACUCAGUGUUCUUGCAUUCACUCUCAUUCAGGUCCUCAUUUGUGUGCUCUGGUUAACAUUAUCCCCUCCUUUCCCCAACAAGAACAUGAAGUACUACAAAGACAAGAUCAUUCUCGAGUGUGACGUGGGCUCAGCCGUGGGCUUCUGGGCUGUGUUGGGCUACAUUGGUCUCCUCUCUCUCAUGUGCUUUGUACUGGCUUUCCUGGCCAGGAAGCUGCCCGACAACUUCAACGAAGCCAAAUUCAUCACAUUCAGCAUGCUCAUAUUCUGUGCGGUGUGGAUCACCUUUAUCCCAGCAUAUGUCAGCUCACCGGGCAAGUUCACUGUAGCUGUUGAGAUCUUUGCCAUUUUAGCAUCAAGCUAUGGAAUGUUGUUCUGCAUAUUUAUUCCAAAAUGUUACAUUCUUUUACUGCGACCAGAGAAAAACAACAGAAAACAUAUAAUGGGUAAAACAUAA